AUGUUGGAAGACACGGUUAUUGUCGCCGAGGUGGGACCAGGAGAAAGUAAGCGGCUGGAGCAGCUCGCUCACGCUCCUGAGCCUGAGCCAGCAACCGAGCCAGCAACCGAGCCAGGUCCCGAACCAGCACCCGAACCAGCACCCGAGCCAGCGCCUGAACCAAAGCCAAACUCGGCUGCAACGACAUUCAAGCCGACAAGUGAUGCUCCAGAGUUUUCAUGGUUAAAACCUCACCCGAUCUUUGUCAUCCUACUGGUCGGCCCGGAUGAGCAGCCCUUUGGAUUGCCGAAGGACUUCUUGUGUUUUCGAAGCGGCUAUUACAGAAGAUACUUUGCCGAGCACAAAGAUGAAGAGAAGCUGGAGCAUAUUGUCAGGCUUCCCGAUACGUCCGUGCAGGUAUUUGGACUGGCGCAAUAUUUUCUUUUUACAGGGGACGUUAUUGCCGACCUGAGAGCAACGCCGUCCUACGAAGCCCUGGUGAAUCUUUGGAACCUGGGAUACAAACUAGAGAUCGAGGGGUUGUGCGACCGGGCUCUGGAUGCAAUGACAGAAUGCAGGAAGAUUACAUCCCGAAUUCCUUCGACGCCGCUGCUGGUGCAAGUCUGGAAAGAAGCUCCCGAUGGCUCGGCAAUCAGGCAGCUUCUGCUCUCGUGGACGGCUGAGUAUAUGAGAUCAUCGGCCGCAAGGGCAGAAUUUGCCAAGUCGCUGCCGCAAGAGGUGCUGAGCGAGCUGGUCGUUGCCAUGAGCUCAUUCGAGCGCAACAGCCUCGGUGAUCGAUCCCAGGCGGCAGCGUCCCGGAAGAAUAUACACUAUCUGGAAGCGGCGGACGAUGAAGACGCUCUCACCGGUGCCAAGCGGAGCAGACGCGUGAUUGCUGUGCCGGCGCAGCCCGCGACCAUUGUGCGCGCCGACUCGGCAUCCUCCCCCAAGAACCGGACGCCGCUGCCCAAGCCGCCAAAGAGGCGCUCCGUGGCGGCCCUGCUCGAGGGCCGCACCUUUUCCACGGCGUCCAAGCUGGACUUUUGCGCGGACCUGCUGACGCGCAUGCUGUCGGGGCCGGGCUUCUGGACGCGCCUGGUUGGCCCGUUCCGCGACGCCGUCGAGCCGGAGGAGGACGGCGUGCCAGACUACCUGGAGAAGGUGAAGCGGCCGAUGGACCUGAUGACAAUCAAGGCCAAGAUGGACGCCAAGGCGUACAAGGACGACGAGGCGUUUGCGGCCGACGUGCGGCAAAUCUUUGAAAACUGCUUCACGUACUGGAAGGCGGGCCAGCCCAUGUACGAGGCCGGGGAGCGGCUGCAGCGGACGUUCGAGGACAAGUACUCUCACAUGAACAAGUGGAUUGCCAAAAUGGGAGGAGAUGAUGGGGAGUGA